UCCUAUUUUCAAAAACAUAGAUGCCAUACAAACAAAGACAGAAUCAUAUUCACUCGUUGCAGGAUGUCCCUUCUCUCUUCUUCACACUCUUCUCUCUUCUUCGUUUCAAACCUCAAUGACAGACCUCUUCUCUCAUACUCUAAAUCCUCACCAUCUCUCUUCUUCUCCAACAGACUCUCUAAAAUCCAUCAUUUCUCAUUCAAAAGCCCUACAAGGCGUACGUUUCCCUCUCUGAUCUCAUUCUCUUCCCUCUCCGAACCCACACCCGAACCCGAACCCGAACCCGAUCCCGAUCCCAACCUAUCUCAAAACCCGAACCCAGAUCCUAACUCUAGUCCCGGCUCCACCCCGUUGAGCAUCACUGACGAGUGGGGCGAAAAGAUUGAACCCAACACCGAAUCCGAUUACCCAAAAUAUGCGGACGCGGAUCCUCCGGUACGCGAUGAUGAGUGGGAGGAGGAGUAUGCUGCUGCUGGCAAUGGUAGCACUAGUCAGUCUACGGGUGUCGUAGUGGAGAAGGAUGAUAAUGUUGGGGACUUAAAGAGGAUUUUGGUAGAUACAGUUUAUGGGACUAAUUUUGGGUUUCAGGCUAGCCCGGAGAUCAGAGCUGAGGUUUUGGAGUUGGUUAAUCAGUUAGAGGCCAUGAACCCAACUCAGACACCUGUUGAUGCAGCUGAGGUUCUUGACGGCAACUGGGUUUUGUUAUAUACUGCAUUUUCUGAGCUGUUGCCACUCCUGGCGCUGGGUGCAACACCAUUGUUGAAAGUUGAAAGGAUAUCACAAGCAAUUGAUACCAGCAAUCUCUCCAUUGUGAACUCAACCACAUUAUCAAGCCCUUUUGCCACUUUCUCAUUCAGUGCGUCUGCCUCUUUUGAAGUUCGAUCUCCUUCAAGAAUACAGGUUGAAUUUAAGGAGGGAACCCUGCAACCUCCAGAGAUAAAGUCCAGCAUAGAUCUGCCAGAAAAUCUGGAUAUUUUUGGUCAGAAAAUCAAUUUGUCACCCGUGCAGCAAUCUCUUAAUCCUCUGCAGGAAGUAGCAGCAAAUAUUGCAAGAACCAUUUCUGGUCAGCCACCACUCAAGAUUCCCAUUCCAGGUAGUCGAACAAGGUCUUGGCUUCUUAUUACAUACCUCGAUGACGAUCUGCGAAUCUCCAGAGGAGAUGGUGGUCUUUUUGUUCUGGUUAAAGAAGGAAGUCCUCUUCUAAAUCAGUAGCCAGGUUCAAACUGCAGCCCUGCCAGCUGUGAAGCUUAUAUAGUUUCCUGUUUCUCUUUUUGGCCCCACCCCACAACAUUUUUCUCGGUCAAUCUCUUAUAGGAAACAAAAAGGUUUAAAAGGCGAAGAACUUGAAAGCAUUAUUACAUUCCAUUGUAACUUGAAGUUUUACCAGAUUGCUCUGUAAUGUAAUAUUCCUGUGCAGUGCCGAGUUAUUUCCGGAUCUUUACCUCGACGGAAUCCUCGGUUUCUUUAGCGUAUAAUAUUUUAUUAUUUUAUACCAUUUCUAUAAGUCAAAAUGAUAGUUGUUGAUACGGAUUUUCCUUCAAUAAAAUGUACUUGUUGCUGGGGAAAAA